AUGCCUUUUCAGCAAGUAGACGAGGAGACACCGUUGUUGGUCUCUGAGCAGCUAAGAAAGUCUCGAACGCCUCUUCCAUGGGGCCAAUUUUCCAUCAUUUUAUUUCUUCAGCUCUCUGAACCCCUGACUUCUCAAGUUAUCUCUCCAUUUGCGCCCCAGUUGAUUCGGGACAUCGGAAUAACGAAUGGUGAUGAAGCUCGAGUUGGAUACUACGUUGGACUGUUGCAUUCGCUCUUCUUUGCGACCGAAGCACUUACUGUAUUGCACUGGAGUAGAGUAUCUGAUCAUAUCGGCCGAAAGCCGGUAAUCAUUCUGGGGAUGUUCGGGUUGUCAAUAUCCAUGUUCUGUUUCGGGCUGUCAAAGACCUUCUGGGGGCUUGUGUUGAGUCGUUGUCUUAAUGGCGCCUUGAAUGGUAACAUCGGCGUGAUGAAAAGCUUGGUUGCGGAGAUAACCGAUUCAACCAACAUGCCUCAUGCGUACGCAUACCUUCCCAUGGCAUGGUCGACCGGGGGGGCGCUCGGACCCCUGAUUGGUGGCACGCUCGAACGACCAGCUGAGCGCUUCCCAAAUAUAUUUGGACAGUCGGCAUUCUUCAAAACGUAUCCCUAUUUCCUACCAUGCGCCAUCCCUGCAAUUUUUUCAAUGGUAUGCUUGUUCGUUUCACUCUUCUUUCUCAAAGAGACUGUUCCAUCUCCCCUCAGAUUUGGCCGUAUAAUUAAUAGAUGCCAUCCUCAACGCAACGAUUCCCCACAUAACUCUGAGACAGCACCCAAGCCUGCUCUCCUUGAAGCUUUAUCUCAUUCUAGUCCCAAUGACGGCACACCCCUUCCAUUACGAGCUCUUUUAACUCCUCAAGUUUUGAUAGCAGCGAGCACUUAUGCAACUACUUCCUUGAUGGAUAUUGCUUUUCGAACCAUUCAGCCUGUCUUCUUCGCAACUCCGAUUGCGUUAGGUGGACUUGGACUUACACCUCCUGUGAUUGGCAAAAUUCUAGCCUCCUUUGGUAUAUUGAACGGGCUGUUCCAAGUUUUCUGUUUUGCUCGACUGCAUGCCUGGUUGGGCACGAAAGGAACCUAUAUCCUCGGGGUUGUGGCAGCCAUACCUAUGAUGAUGACAUUCCCGGUUAUUAGCUUGUUGGUUCAGUCACAAGGUUUGAAUAUUACAGUGUGGUUUGUGAUCGGUUUGCAAGUCUUCCUCUCGGUUGUUUUAUGUAUUUCUUAUGGUGCAGUCUUCAUAUAUAUUAAUGGAGCUGCGCCCAACCGAGCGUCUCUUGGUGCGACAAAUGGUAUCGCUCAACUGGUCGUAUCGAUCAUGCGAGCUAUCGGGCCUGCCGCUGUCAACUCAACCUGGUCUCUCUGUCUUGAAAAGCAUUAUUUGGGUGGAUGGCUUGUUUAUUAUCUCAUGGUUUCGAUGGUAUUAUUGGCACUUGGAAGUGGUAUGCUGUUACCCAAGAAUGUGUGGAAGAACUAA